UUUACGCUCCCCCUCAGCAGCCUAACUACCUUCAAAAUGUCACAAAUUGCUCGCUUUUAUUAUUGUGACAUCUUUCCUACGUAAUUUGCGACCCUUUUUCUGUAUUCUAAUACAUGUUUGACUAAACAAGACCAAGAAUUGCGGAAUUAUAGCCACUUUAUUUGGAUUUUCAGAUGACAUGAUCAGAUUGUCAACACUCCUCAUUCCAAUCAAAUCAAACUACAAUUCUGUCUCGUUCAUUCAUUAAAUCAUCAUAAACCAUCUUUUCUAAGAAAUCGAGUAAAUUAUAAAUGGAUUUUAUAUCGAAACCUGUCAUUUCAUGUGCUGGUGAUGAAAAUCUUCUACCUUAUUUCGAAAGUCAUUGUUUAUCGACUUUAGCGAGUCAGCAGGUGGUAUGGAAACAUCCGAAACUUUCAGUGGUCCAUUCUGUGCGAUUGGAAGCAUGUUUCACAAGAUUUCGUGUUGACCAGUUACAGUCUAAUGUCAAAGUUUUAUCAAGUGGUAGACCAAUUCGACCUAUUGGUACAUUUCAACCAUUACUUUAUAUCUAUGUGACCUCAAAUGAUGUUUCUCAUUAUACAUCAAAUGGUGGACGAAAUGCUAUUGGUAGUUGGUUAGGUCAUUUACGUGCCAGGAAUGUAUUUGACUGGUUAAUUAUUAUGGUUAAUUCUGAUCCUCAAUAUAAUACACCAAAAAUACUACAAAAAUCGAAUGUGCUUGAUAAAAUUAAAAAUGAUUUUAAUGUUCGCACAGGGGACAGACAAUUUCUAGAAGUACCAGCACCUAACUCAGUUGAAGAAAAACUAUUCAAUGAGUCAUGGAAUCAGUUAACUUAUCUUGUUCGUAAAGCUAUCAUAUCAGCUUGUAUGUCAAUUAUUGUUGAUUAUGAUGCACACUUGCAAAUGCUGGCUAGUUCAUGUUCAAGUCUUACAUGGGAUUAUUUUGAGUACUUAGACAGAAAGGAAGAAUUAGCGCAUAUGUACUUGUUUCUCGGUGGACAUGAACAUGCUUUACAUGAGUAUGAUGAAGCAACUGAAUUACUUUCUAGCUGUAUUCAAGCGUCCAUACAACAAGGAUCUAAACGUCCUCAAUGGCUAGAUCGAAUAAUACAGUUUUCAUCGUCAGAUGAACCAUCACAUUACAUCUGUGAUUAUUCUCUAAAUGUGACUAAUACAGAAAUAAGACCGUCCAAUCGUUUAAAAGAUCGUAAUGCUACAUUAUUUGAAUUGAAAAAUUACCUAUUAUCCAGACAAGCAUCUAUACUGUGUAUAUGUGAUCGGUUAAAUGAAUUUCCCGCACAUGCUUAUCAUACCAUCUGUUCCACAUUAACUGAAAUAAACAUAUUAGACAUUCAAACGGAUCAUUUAUUUCGCGCUCUUUGGAUUCUAUGUAUUUGUUUAAAUACACUGACAAAUAUGCGACUAGAUUCAGAUCGUUCAAUGGAUGAUGUUAAUAAAUCCGUUAUUGAAUUAUUGGAUACAGCUUUUUCAUGUAAUAAUAUUUUAGAGAAUAUAAAUUUUACUCACAUUUCAAAAAUAUCAUCAUCAUCAUCGUCAUCAUCUACACAUUCACCAUCAUCUCUAACACCGAUUACAACAACAACUACACAAAGUGUAUUUAUUGAUGCAAACAAAGAUUUAAAUGUUACAAUUUGGUAUAUGAGUCAUUUAGUGGAUAAGAUUUUCACACAUUUUCAUUGUUAUCCGCAUCAAUUAUUAGGAAAGCAUUCUUUUGUAUCAUCCACCAGUGUUAUCAGUUCAACAGAAAUAUCAUUUAAAUCACCGAAAACGCAUAAACUUUCAUCAAUUAAAAUGCAUGAAAAUGAGAAUUUUUGGUCAGAAAGCUAUGCAAUUGAAUUAUGGUUAAUUGUAUUUAAUUAUUUAAAACAAAUUGGACAACUGAUUGGUUUAUGGUGUAUACAAUCUAGAUUACCUAUUCAUUGUGAACGAUAUUCAUUAUUAAAUAAAACAAUAUCUAAUAGUUUCAUCAAUCAGCAUGUUGAAAAUUCUGUUAAACAACAGAAUGUUGUUGUAAGUCAGCUAGAAUUAAGAACAAGUUGGGAAGACAGGAGAAUACCACAACAAGAUCACUCUGUUCUAUUCGCUCAUAAUCACCUAAUCUCGAUAUUUACUUCGUCAAUAAUUUAUUCACAAGUUUUUACUGCAAUUGGACAGACGUUAAUUGGUUUUUUAAAACUGACACAUACUCCUAAACGAGCUUAUGAAGUUGUUUAUGAUUUGGCUGACUUCUUAUUUUCACAAGGAGCUCACGAAUCAGCCUCAUGGUUAUAUGAGUCAAUAAUAAAUUAUUAUAAUGAAUCUUCGUGGAUUGGUCCAAUAACAAGUACACGUAUAAGCUUGGCAUGGUGCUUACAUUCCUUAUGUACGAGGAAGCAUUUUGAAACAAAAAGUGAUUGUGAAAUUGCCCGAAAAUAUAUUCAAUGCUGUUUCAUCUUAGCUGGAACAAAACACUCUGUAUUACGUAUAGCUGCUACUCAUGUAUACAAUAAAAUUCAAUUUUGGUAUCAAACAAUGAAUUUUACACAAAUAUUAUCGAUACCAACAUUUGGUGAUGCUAUUAAUCCAAAUUACUGGUGGACAGAAGCUGUUGAAUUUCAUAAUUCUUUGUUAGCAUAUCAUCAACAAAUUGUUUUGAGUCCUCCUUAUCAAAUGUCACCAUUGUUUAAUUUAAAAUCUGUUGAAUUAGAAGGUGUAUGUAGUUGUGGUUAUCAAUUGAUUUUUAUUAAAUUGGAGUCUAAUUCAGAUAGAACAUUUAAAGCAUCAGUAUACAUUAGUGGAUCAGAACCUUCUUACAAUGACUGGCAAACAUUAUUGAAUCCAAAUGAAUUUCUACCUUAUCAUUUAAUCGAUAAAACCAAUCAAUUAUUGAUAUCACAAUUAGAUAGCCAAUUACAUUUGAUCAAUUUAUCAUCUACUGGUCCUACUAUUUCUGUUAUGAAAAGCACACCAGAUAGUAAUGUUAAUAAUCGUUCAGCCAUUAGUCAUUAUAAUGUGAAUCAUAAUAAUAAUAAUAACAGUGGUAGCCAUAAAUUUAUUUUACGUGGUAAUAAUUUAUCUACUCGCUCGGAAAAUGAUAAAGAACGAUUCAGUAAGUAUUAUUUACCAACAACCGGAGUGACUGUGUCAACUUGUCGAAGUUAUUCCAGUAUACCAGAUAAUUCUAAUGGAUUUUUGAGUAAAAGUUUAACAUUUGAAGCAAAUCAAUCAAUCUCUAGUAAAUUGAGUAGUCAAUCACGUUUAGGUUCAUUGUUAAAUGUCGCUGCAUCAUUGGCCAGUAGACCAGCAUGGAAAUCUCAAGAUACUCUAGGCGUUAUGAAUGAUGAUAGUGAUAAUGAUAGUAAUCAUUCAAUGACACAUAUACAACCUAGGCUGCGCAAGGGCAAAAUUACACGGAUUCCUUCUGAUGGUUUAAUCGAUCCAACUAUUCAUAGUUCAGCACAAUUUUCAAGGCGUUAUUCAUUUUGUCCCACGAAAAAACGAUCACGUUUAUCAUUCAGUAUAAAUGGAAGGCAUAAUAUAUUUGGAAAUGAAACUAUAGAAUCAUCAACUUCUUCUUUGACAACGAAAUGUCCACUUUUUGUGUUAAAUCAUGAAGAAUCGUUUGUUAUGAUAAAACCUGGAUUAAAUAAAUUCUCUUUUAUCGCUAAUGUACCGGGAUUUUUAAUUCCUGAACAAAUAUUUCUUAAUUGUCUUGAUGAAAUCGACACAGAAUUAAAAGAAGCAUUGCGAGAACAACAAUCCAUGCAGUCGACAAUGAAUAAUUAUUCAGAAAUAAAUUUUGUAUCAUUUAUAGAUGAUGAUGUGUAUGGAUCUAGUUGGCGUGAUACUGAACUAAUGAAGACAUUGUUACCUAAACCGGAAAUUGCUGUAUCCAACAAUUCAAGUAAUAAACAUCAUCCAGUUGUGUUUGGUACAUGUCAACCAAUUCCAGUUCGAUUGAAAUUGGGUAAACUUGGCUUACCAGAAGACUGUAAAUUAAGCACAAGUCUAUAUCGUAUUCGCUCAAAUGAUAAAAAGCUAGUAGUCAAGAAUAAAGCAGAAAAUACUCAAUUGAACGCAACACAAACAACUCUCAUCAAGCCUCACAAUAACAAUAAUGAAAGCGAAAAUUUAUCAAACAAUAAUGGCUAUCCCACUGUCGCUGGUAGUUAUGGAAUGAGUAGUCAAUUUAGAGCAAAUGAUUAUUCAUUAAUUUCUAAUUCAUUGGAAAAUUAUCAAGAUGAAAAUUCACUGAUAAAACAUCACAAUUUGUUUAGUCAAUUUAUUUUAGAAGAUGGACCAGUUGAUUUUAUACGAGAAUUUACUCCACCUACAACAAUCCGUGAUUCAAGUUGUAAAGUUAAUCAUUCUAUGCCAACAUUUCCACCUGGAUGUUGUCUGCAAUUAAGUAGACCAUUAUAUUUAUCUGCUACAUCUUCUAAUGAUCAAUUUGCUCUUUCAAUGCCUAGUGGACAUUAUUGUAUUUUACCAGUGGAAGUUAUCAAACCGCUUGAAUUCAAUUUGAAUAUAUAUCCUUUACCUAAUAAAACAUACACUAUUGUCAGUCUAAACAUUACUUGUGUGGAUGCUGACCCAGAUUCAAAUAUAACACCGGAAAUAUACUGCAAUCAAAAUAUACAUUGCAAUGAGCCGAUAACAUAUGAAUUAUCUAAUAUGCGAUUUUAUGUUUGUGCUUUAAAACCCCAUGUAUCCAGACGUCCAGCGCUACGUAAUUCGUUUACAAAUGGUCAGAAUCAACUUUAUAAUCGUCGUCAAUUGAAAUCACGUAGUUCUCCCACAGUAGAAGAUUAUCAUCAGAUUUCUGAGGAUUUUACUAAAAAUAAUAUCCUAGAAACAGGUACCACGGACAAAUUAUGCAGUACUGUCAAUGAAACUAUUGAAUCCUUAGCUGGUUACCUUCUGGACAAUAGAAUCACUAAAGCUUAUGUAAAUCAUUUAACACCAUUCUCAAUACCUUGGCGCUUUAAAUCACUAGAAUAUAAUAAUUUCAUGAAAAUGUGUAAAGAAUCUAAUUGUCAACCAAUCGGACGUUUCGAAUGUACAAUGAAUCGAAUUGGUAGCGUUUCAAAACUUAAUCAAGAGAUAAGAGCUGAUUGUGUUAUUGGAAAACAGAUGUAA